UUUGGCGGGAGAUUUCUUCCCUUCAUCUAUUAGACUCCAUUUGGUGUUUCCAAAAACCAGUGAACCAGAUCUCUCCCUCCAAAAUCCCACUCUCCCUCUCUUUCCUCUCUUUCUCAGGUGCAUACAACAGCUCAGUCGCUCAGAUCUAAAGUGGAGUCUCUAAUCUCAAGUUGAGUGCUUUUGUGCUCUGCAUCUCUAUUUUUUGCUUCAUACUAUAACUGGACACCUGAUCAUAGGCUUUGUCUAUGGAGUUAAAUGGGUCGAGUGAUGUUCAUUAUAUUCAGGCGAUAAUGGGUGGGCUGGUGUCAAAAAUUAUCAAUGUGAAUUCUUUAGGAAGACCAGCAUUGAAGUUCAAGCCCCUUAAAAGCAUAUAUGAGUCUGAAGAUUCAAACAAUAAGCAACGAAAGGCAGCAAUCUCCGGUUCACCUUUUAGGUCUGAUAGGUUCAGGACUGAAACGGUGAGUGACUGUGAGGAAAUUAUCCCUGCUGACAUCUCUUUGGGAGAGAUAAAGAGGAGAUGCAAAGCAAAGAGGAAGAAACUUACAGAAAUGGAAAAUAAUGAUAAAAAUACUUGCUUCUUUCCUACUGAUACCUCUAUUGAGAUUAGCUACACAGAUGAGCAACGGAAGGAAGAUGAAGCUGACCUAGAGGAACCCAUCAGUAGUUUGAAACUGAAGCUGUCGAAGAAAAAGCUUAAACAAAGUUGCUUCCAGAAAUGUGUAUUUACAUCUCCAGUCUCUCAGGAAACAUUCCCUGAAAAUAUCCCCCACUCUCCUCAAGAAUCAUUGGAAACUGUCGAGAGUAUACAUACACAUUCUGAUGUUAAGGUUGAGAGUUUCAAAUCUCUUAAUGAUUUGGUAAGUCUUGCUGAUGGUUCUACAAGUAUGUCUGAUUUAGAUACAGGUUCUUCUGGUUUUUUGUCGUAUGAAGUACCCAGGUGGCUUAAUGGCGAUUCAGAGGAACAAACUUCUUCAGCUAAAGCGUCUGCAACUUCUCUAUGCAUUGUUCAUGAACCCAUUGAUAUCAAGUCAGAGCCUUUGGGAACAGAUGCUAAUGUGGUAUCUGUUGCUGGUAGUUAUCUGUAUAUGUCUUAUUCAGAUAUGGAUUUCGGUGAAGAUAAGUAUCAUAUACCCUCGACAGUUAAUGGAAAUGAGUUGAGGUCUGGAAGAUUUACUUUUGUAACUGAAGAGGCUCCUAGUUGUGUUAUAAAUGAGGUUCCUUUUGAAUGCUUGGAGACUGGGGCAUCAACUAUAUUGAUUAAAGAAAGUUCAAAUGCUGUUCAUGAGGAACCAUUUGGACCUGUGGGGCUUGUUAUGCCUCUUUGUUUCUCCAGAGGUGAUGUUAGGAUUGUUAAAGAAACUACAGACGUGGAGCUUCCCCAGCUCAGUAGUCAGGAUUAUCUUUCUUCGCCAGUGUUGGAAUCUGAGAACAAGGGUCUUUCCAUUAUUGAUGCUGAGAUUGUCGUAGGUAUUAAAGAUGUGGAGCUUCUGCAGAUUCGUAGUCAAGAUUCUCCUUCUUUCCCUGUAUUUGAAUCCGAGAAUGGAGGUCCUUGCAUGAUUGAUGCUGACAUUGUUGCAGGAAUUACUGAUGUGGUGCUUCCGCAGAUUAGUAGUCAAGAUUAUCCUUCUUCCACUGUAUUAUUGGAAUUUAAGAACGAGGGUCUUUCCAUAAGUGAUGCUGAUAUUAUUAAGGGAUUUACAGAUGUGGAACUUCAGCAAUUUAGCAGUCUUGAUUCUUCUUCUAAGAAAGGUCUUUCCAGAAGUGAUGCUGAGAUUGUUAAGGGAGUUACAGAUGUGGAACUUCAUCCGCAAAAUAGUCAAGAUUCUCCUUCUCCCCCUGAAUUGGACUCUAACAACGAGAUUCUUUCCUUAAGUGAUGCUGAGAUCGUUGGAAUUAUAGAUGUGGAACUUCAGCUGCUUAGUAGUUAUGGUAAUCCUUCUUAUCCUGAACUACAAUCUAAAAACGAGGGUGAUGUGGCUAGACCUAUCCCUGCAAGAGCAGAACUUGGAGCCAUUGAAGACUCUUUUUGUAUCCCUGAAAACAAAUUUGAGCAUGACAGUAUUUUUGGUUAUCCAAUUUUACCUUGCAACAAAACAGAAGUUGUCAGUGAAAGAAUUCAUUCCGGGGCUGAGAUAUGUAGAAGUGGCCAAGAAGAAUCUUGUACCAAGGGAAUAACAUGCUUGGUGGAUAUUGAGACUGUGACGCAAAUGUCUGAAAGUGAACAAAUUGCUGCUGGUUGUGAUGGAAGUAAUUCUGAGAUGAUAGGUGAAAGUGACAGUAAGGAGGAUCAACCUCUUAUUACAGAUGACAAUGUUGUUAAUGCUGGAAUUUCUUUCAUGUCAUCACAGAAUUCUACUCCAUGUUCAAGUCUUGGAACUGAUUCAGAUUCUGUAGGCCAUCAUCAUUCACCCACAGUCCAGCCUGUAGAGAAGUGCUCAUCUCCAGUAACUGCUGAACCAGUGACGGAUGUCGAUGAAGUACUAGAUUGUUCUACUGUCACCAGUCCUGAUGCCAUCAACAGGGUUGCAGUCAUGGAAGACCUUGAGGAUAACCAUGGUCGAAAGCUAGAUUAUCCUCCAAAAAGGUUAUUUUCAGCCAGAAAGGCCAUUUCACCAUCUUCUCAGGAAAAGCUUCUUCAAGCUGUGGAUGCUGAUGAACUAUAUGAUAAGAUAAAACCGUCGACAGGAAUACGUAUUAUAGGACCCAAAGUCAAAAUGAACUCUGAUGGAGUCCUUAAGAAACGGAAGAUGAUGAAGAAUGGAUCUGCACAACUGGUUCCUAAAGGCAUUCUCAAGGCUCCAAAUGUUUCAUUUAUGGUACCACGUCAUUGCUCUGAAGGUGCAUCCAUCCAGACUUGUGCAGACAAAGCUGUUUCAUUCACGCAGAGGCAGAUGCAUGACAUUGAGGUUCUAGCAACGAAGCUCAUGAAGCAGUUAAAAUCUAUGAAAGAGAUUGUUGAACAAUCAUUGCUCGUGGAAACUUUGCAAACUGAUUCAUGUUCAUCUACACAAUUGAAAUAUACUGUUGACAAGAUGAGGAUGGCUACUGAAAAUGCAGCAGAAGCCGAAGAAACUACAAAAAAAUGGCUUUCCAUGAUGUCCAAGGACUGCAAUCGUUUCUGCAAAAUUUUGAAAACAACAGAGUUAAAAGCUGCUGCUGCUGCUGCAUCAUCAUCACCGUCUGGCAAUGAGGUCCACAGAAAGAGAAGAAAAAUAACAUUUGCUGAUGAAACUGGUGGUAACCUCUGCCAUGUCAAGAUUUUCAAAGAUGAUCAUGAAUAUCUUUUAGGUCCUGAAAGUGAAACAGCUAUCUAGAAAAACUGAGGUAGUCGAAUUCACUUGUACAUUACAACCUUGACCUUGGAAAUGUUAACUGAUGGCUGCAAGUCUCCAAUAAAGAAAUUCGGAACGGCCUGUGAAGUAUCAUUGAGGUGUUGAAGUUACGCGAACCACACUGCUGUUAAAUGGGCAGUAUUCAUUUAGGCUUGUAUUGUACCCAGUAUUGCUGAGCUGUAACUUAAGAAAUGAUUUAUUUAUAUUAUGCAUCCAAGAGAUGAAUUCAUAACUGUUGUUGAAGUGCAUUCAGGGGACAUUUUUCACCAUGUGUGUUGUACUCAACAUUUGAUGUAGAUGUUGAGCUGAACCACUGUUCCUAAUACGGCUUCUGUAAACUAGAUUUUUUAAUAAAUAAAACAUUACAAU